CCCGGGGCCGAUCAAUCGCACCCUCGACGGCAGGGAGAAAGGGGAGGCAGGCGGCUGGUGUUGGAGUGCAGUCUUGUGCUGCUGCUGCUGUUCAGUCAGACGCUCCAUCCCCUGCGCCGCCCGCCCACCCACUGCCUUUGUGUGCCCACUGCCUCGGUCCUUACCCCAGUGAUGGGGCUGGCGUUUCCCCGGAGCCCGGUGCCGUGCUGACGGGGCGGGCGGACGGGCGGGCGUGCCGUGGGCGGCGGCGAUGGAGCUGUGGGAUCAGGCCGGCUUCCUGGGCUGAAGUGCCGGCAGCAAGAGGCCGGCUCACCGACACCAUGCCGGUUCGCCGGGGCCACGUCGCGCCCCAGAACACCUACCUGGACACCAUCAUCCGCAAGUUCGAAGUUCAGAAUCGGAAGUUUCUCAUUAUCAAUGUUCGGAUGAAAAACUGCGCAAUCAUCUUCUGCAAUGAUGGCUUUUGUGAAAUGUUCGGCUACUCCCGGGUGGAGAUCAUGCAGAAACCUGGCACCUGUGACUUCCUGACUGGGCCAGCCACCCCAGAGAGUGCCGUGGCACAGCUGGCACAGGCUCUGCUGGGGUCAGAAGAGGUGAAGGUAGAACUGCUGUACUACAGGAAAGAUGGCUCGUGCUUGCCCUGCCUGGUGGACGUGGUCCCGGUCAAGAAUGAGGAGGGGGCGGUCACCAUGUUCAUCAUGAACUUUGAGGAGCAGAGGGGCACCUCCCAGAAGAUGGGCCGAGAGAGGAGUCAUCGCUUGCCGCUGGACUGCUGCACUUCCAGCCGAGGGAAGGUGUUCAGACUGAAGCUGCCCUCGCUGCGGACGAUGACGCUGAGUCAGCAGUCGCUGGCCAAGGAGGGCUUUGACCCGGUGCCCGACGACCAGCAGCAGUCGGACAGAGACUCGUUGGCCAUGCAGGAGCUGUACGACUCCCGCACCGACAACUGCGUGCAGCCCACUGCGGACGAGUGGGAAUCUCUGGCGCAUCUCAUGGACAGGUCGGCGGCCAGCGGACCUUGGGGCGACCCCUCCCCCGGGCAGGAGCUCAGCCCGGAGCUGGACCUCCGAUGCCCCAACACCAACCUGAUCCAGAUCCAGCCCGGAGACAGCUGCCCCGGCAUCCGCCGAGCCUCCUCCGUCGACAACAUCGAGCUGAUGAGGAACAAGUUCGAGAAGAAAUUCAAGGAGAAAAAACAAACUUCAGGGGGGUCGAAGAGCUUCAAACCGAACCUGCUGAACUCCACGUCAGACUCGGACCUGAUGAAGUAUCGAGCCAUCAGCAGAAUCCCACAGAUCACCCUCAACUUUGUGGAUUUUAACCCGGAUAUCAUAUUGACGCCUUCGCCCACGGAGAUCGAGAUCAUAGCGCCGAGCAAAGUGAAGGAGAGGACCCAGAAUGUCACGGAGAAAGUCACACAGGUCCUGUCGUUGGGAGCGGAUGUGCUGCCUGAGUACAAGCUGCAGGCCCCUCGCAUCCACAAGUGGACCAUCCUUCACUACAGCCCCUUCAAGGCGAUGUGGGACUGGCUGAUCCUGCUGCUGGUGAUAUACACCGCCAUCUUCACCCCCUACUCAGCCGCCUUCCUCCUCAACGACCAGGAGGAGGAGAAGCGCUGGGUGUGUGGCUACUCCUGCAACCCCCUGGCCAUCGUGGACCUGAUCGUCGACAUCAUGUUCAUCAUCGACAUCAUCAUCAACUUCCGCACCACCUACGUCAACGAGAACGAUGAGGUGGUGAGUCACGCGGCCAAGAUCGCCAUCCACUACUUCAAGGGCUGGUUCCUCAUCGAUAUUGUGGCCGCCAUCCCCUUUGACCUGCUCAUCUUCAGGUCUGGCUCUGACGAGACCACCACCCUGAUCGGCCUCCUGAAGACGGCCCGCCUGCUGCGGCUGAUGCGGGUGGCCCGCAAGCUGGAUCGCUACUCCGAGUACGGAGCCGCCGUGCUCCUCCUGCUGAUGUGCACCUUCGCCCUCAUUGCCCACUGGCUGGCCUGCAUCUGGUACGCCAUCGGCAAUGUGGAGAGACCCUUCCUGGUUCACAAGAUAGGCUGGCUGGACAACCUGGGCGACCAAAUCGGGAAGCGAUAUAAUGACAGCGAUGCCUCGUCCGGACCCUCCAUUAGGGACAAGUAUGUGACGGCUUUGUACUUCACCUUCAGCAGCCUGACCAGUGUCGGAUUUGGGAAUGUUUCUCCCAACACCAAUUCCGAGAAGAUCUUCUCUAUCUGCGUCAUGUUGAUUGGAUCUCUCAUGUACGCCAGCAUCUUCGGCAACGUGUCGGCCAUCAUCCAGCGCCUGUACUCGGGCACCGCCCGCUACCACACCCAGAUGCUACGGGUCAGGGAGUUCAUCCGCUUCCACCAGAUUCCCAACCCGCUGCGGCAGAGACUGGAGGAGUACUUCCAGCAUGCCUGGUCCUACACCAACGGGAUAGACAUGAACGCGGUGUUGAAGGGUUUCCCCGAGUGCCUGCAGGCCGACAUCUGCCUGCACUUGAAUCGAAGUCUGCUCCAAAACUGCCGGGCCUUCAUUGGAGCCAGCCCCGGCUGCCUGCGCGCCCUGGCCAUGAAGUUCAAGACCACCCACGCCCCGCCAGGCGACACACUAGUGCACUACGGGGACGUCCUGACUGCCCUCUACUUCAUAUCACAAGGCUCCAUAGAGAUCCUGCGCAACGACAUGGUGAUCGCCAUCUUGGGGAAGAACGACAUCUUCGGAGAGCCGAUCAGCCUUUUCGCUAGGCCUGGGAAAUCUAAUGGCGAUGUGAGAGCGCUGACGUACUGUGACCUACACCGGAUAGUACGGGAGGACCUGCUGGAGGUGCUGGACAUGUACCCCGAUUUCUCCAGCAACUUCUGGACAAAUUUGGAGAUCACUUUCAAUCUCAGAGAUACUGAUCGAAUCCCUCGCUCACCGCCAAGUGAUGAUUCCAACUGUGAGCACGGAGAACUUAAUCCCAACAAGUUUUCCUUCCAGGACAGGAGUAACACUGAUGUUAACGGUGCAGGAGAGCCUGACGAUGACCAGGUUCCACUGACCACACCGCGGAGCCGAGCACCGAAGGACUACAGCAGCAUGACCCCAUGCUCACAGAACAGCGAGGAGAAUCUCAAAGCUUCAACAUUCAGCAUCACUGAAGUGAAGAACAGAUUGCCCGCCACAGCUAUGAGUCCCGUUUCUCCCACCAUGGGCCACCUGCAGAACAAAAGCAAAAACAAUGGAUCCAAUCCCUUCACAGGUACUUACACCAGUGUGUCCAACAUGUUCAGUUUAUGGAGUGAGAGAAAGGGCGUGGAUUGCCUGGAGCCACACAGACGUUCAUUAUCAGCUCAUGCCAACCUGGAGACGGCAUUGGGCAUGGAGGAGCGGGCCAGACUCGAGGUGGAAUCCAGGCUGGAGAUGCUCCACGCUCAGCUGAACAGGUUGGAGACUCGGAUGUCCGCUGAUAUCAACGUCAUCCUGCAGCUGCUGCAGAGACAGGCAGUGCCAACUCCUGUGCCACCGGCCUACAGUGCUGUCUCCCCAGUGCCUCACCCCAUUGAUGUGUGCUCCCCCCUCUCAGCGGAACACAGGCUUGUCCCCUCUGCUCAACCUACCUCGCCACCUCAAGCACCUUCUAUGGAGAGUUCAUGCUACGCCUGGUCAGAGCAAGGCCACUUGAAACCCCGGGAAUCCCUGUCCAGUGGAGUGCAGCUGGACCAAGCUGUCAGCCUUCACCCUGUUCCUGCUGCCCACACCCACCCUACCCUGGGUGGACAACUCCAGUGUGCUGUCUCCUCGCCCACCUGCUUCAGUACAGUCCGCUUCCCCUCACUCCCGGACCACUUGGAGACCUCUGCUGACAGCACAGACAUUAAGAGGCACGUAUCCGACCCGGUCCUUCCAGGUAGUUAGGGAUUCGAUCAGGAGUCUCCGGAACUUCCAUCCGGCUCACCUCCAUUUUCCAAGCACAACAAGUUGGCGCCGAUCUGGAUGAAUGCCAGUGGAGAACAGGCGGGAUAGCGUCACUGCGACUGCUCUCGGACACUGCCACAGAUCGGACCGUGUAGGAAUUAGCCCAGGCAAGAAGGCAAUGAAGCAAGUCUGAUUGACUUAUUUAUAUCACUUUAUUUUUAAGGUAUUUAUCACUCACAGGAAAAGAACCAUGCAGAAUUCUACGUACAGUCUCAGAAUAUUUUGGCAACAUUGCGCACAGAUGAACACGGACUGAUUGCUCAUUGGCAAUGUUGUCUAAUGGGUUGGACUGGACAUCGUCUGCUUGCAAUGGAGAAAUAGCGGGUGUGCAUUGAGACACAGUGGAUCUUUACUCUGUGUCUCACCCUGUUGCGCCCAGUAGGAAUAGGUACACGCGGACGGGAGAUGCCGCUUUGUAUGAGUGUAAUAUUGACUUCAGGCAAAUGUGUAAGAGAGGCUGUUGCACACUGUGCCUCCGCCGUUUUAAUCCCUUUCCAUUGCACUCUGUCAGAAAACAUGCCCAGCAGUGCAGACUCAGCCAGAGCCUGUGUUACUCCAUUGAUACUGCCUCGACAUCCACAAGUGUAGCAAAGUAGCACUCCAGCAAAUCCCCUUCUACAUUCCGUCACCAUGUAAACCUGAAGGAUUUGGCUUUUUCAUGAUGUUUGUCAGUGUGAGUCUUUCCAGUGGUCAUGUGUUCCCCUGUACCCAUCCCACACCCCCACAGUAUGUGGUGGGUCGCAGCCCGCGUACAACCCCUGCAUCGACUCUGCCCUAUUCCUGCAGAUUACAUAUCACCUCGUUCUGCCCUCACAACACUUGAGCUGGUGAUUCCGUUGGGAUUCGUUGACUGAGUCUGAUUUUGUAAGUGAAAAUAAGGGCAAUGAUCUGAUUGAUCUAGCAACCUUGUUCAAGGAAACAUACUUGCAUUGGGGGCAUACAAUAAACAGUAAUCCAACAGUCUGAGCAAUGUUGUCAUCAUUGACACUGUAAAUCAGCUGAGCUAUCUCCAGGUUCUGGGCCACCAAGGAAGUGCUGGAUUUUGGAGAUCCAUCUUUGGUAAGGGGCCACCUCAGAACCAUCUGGACUUAGAAGGAAGAUCACACACAUUGUUCUGAAAAAAACCCCAUCCUUCCACAUAUAGCAUCUAAAGCACAGAAUCAGGCAGUUUGGCCCACUAUGUCCAGAAUGACCUCCUAUCUAUAAUAAUCCCAUCUAUUAGCAAUGUCAGUAAUCUUCUAAGUGAUUCAUGCCCAUCCAAAUGGUUCUUAAAUGCUGUGAGUGUUUCUGUUUCCACCAUCUCUUCAGGCAGUGUGUUCCAGAUUCCAAACAUCUUCUGGUGAAAAUAUUUUUACUCGGAUCCCCUCCAAAUCUCUUACACCUUAACUUAAACCUAAUCCUAAUUGAAGUCUCGAAAUGCCACCUAUCCAGAGAUGCUGCCUGGCCUGCUGAGUUACUCCAGCAUUUUGUGUCAUUCCUAGUUUAGAUCCCUCGGCUAUAGCGAACGUUUUGUUUAGUAUCUACACUGUCUGUGCCUCCUACACUUUGGCUUCUCUUGGUUGUCCCCCUUUGGCCUUCGCCACUUCCAGGUAAAUAAACCAAGUCUUUCCUGCUUUUCCUCAUAAUUGAAAAGUUCCGUCACGGGAAACAUCCAGGUGAGUCCCUUCUCCACCCUCUCCAGACAUAGGAUGUCCUUCCAAUAAUGUGAGAACCCGAACUGUGUGGAAUACUCAAGCUAUGGCCUAACCAACGAGCUAUAAAGUUGGACCAUAGUCUCCUUGCUCUCUGUGCCCUGACACUCUCUCUCUCUCUCUAGUUACCCUCUCCCUUGACUCUCAGUCUGAAGAAGAGUCUCGAUCCAAAACAUCACCUAUUCCUUUUCUCCAGAGAUGCUGCCUGACCUGCUGAGUUACUCCAGCAUUUUGUGUCUAUCUUCUGUGUAAACCAGCAUUUGCAGUUCCUUCGUACACAGUUUGUCUUCACUUAUCUCAUUGCUUGGAAAAUAGUUGCUGUAUUUUGAUGUAUGUGAUUGUACCUUUACUGCUGUGAAUGGGUGUUGUGGCAUCCAUGUGUGUGAGGUAAUCAGAAAUAUGUGGAAUUUUGGUAGAAAAUACAAGCUUGCUUGUGACGACACGAUA